AUUUUCUGUUGCUCGAGCCGGACGUAGGCUCCCGGAGUCACAUUGAGGACGAAAACCCCGGUCAAAGGAAUAUUAGGACCAGUGACCAGUCAACCCGUUCCUGAUGACUGUACUUUGAUGAUCAUUAACAAUGUUUAUUUCAAAGGUUGCCCCUCGUCUAUUACGUAGAGCAACAUGUGCACUUCAAGCCCAUGGAGAAGUUUUAAAUAUAUGUGCACAACCGGUUCUUCCAGCUUACUGCUCCUCGCUACAACAAAAACUAAGAAACUACUCAACAGCAGCAGACAACACACCUCCCCCUCGAUGGGUACAACUUGAGCCUGAACUGGAGGAGGCUCUGGUGCCGCGUAAACUGUCAGUAAGUCCUCUGGAGAGCUGGCUCUCCCUGCGCUACUCCCUUCCUCCCCUGCUGGAGUCCGCUCAGCCGCAGGAGGACGUUGGGCUGCUGGAAGAGAAGGUGCUGCCUCCCAUCUCUGUCCCCGUUUUGGAGGAUGGGGAGGGUUCAGCGACACCCCUUAAAUGUAAGAAUGUUCUGGAGAUUCGACGGCGGAAGAUUAACCGGCAUAAAUACAAGAAGCUGCUAAAACGGACUAAGUUCUUGAAGAGGAGAGUGAUGGAGGGCAGGGGGAGGAAGAAGCAGAAACGAUUUGAGGACGACAUGAAAAGGAUCUGGACACAAGCUGGACUGAAGAAGGCUCCGGAGGGGUGGCAAGCACCUAAGAUCUUUCUCAAACAUCACGGAAACAAAAGGGACUGAGAAACACUGACUGUGAUUCAAGUUCGUGUCACGUGAUCUCUCACACUGGACGGCUCUGCACACCUCACUUCACACGCUGCAGUUAAAACAAUCAGCCUACUCUGUGUUCUUCGCCGCAUGUCUCAGCGAUGAGGACGUAUUCCCCGAUGGCAUAUGUACAAUUAUUUUUAACAAAGUGUACAUAAUCUAAUAAAGAUCUUUCUGUGUCAAGCCCAA